AUUGUAUAGUGGGUGAAAGCGGAAUUGAAGAGGUGGGUCUGGCAGCAGGCAGAAGCCAACGAGAGAAGAAGCGUUCGUAUAAAGAUUUGCUGAGAGAAGAGGAGGAAAUAGAUGCAGAAGUCCGAAAGUCAGCCAAAAAGAAAGCGAAGGAUACUGAAGGUUUCUUGUUGGCUGCCGAUAUUCAUAAGAAAAAGAAGAAAUUACACCAUUUAAUGGGCGAAGAAUUCUACUAUGGAGAACUGUCACCUAUGGAACCUGUGAAAAAGAAGAAAAAGUCUGAGGGUCAUCAGGCUGACACUGCCAUGGGUCUCCUCAAGGCCAUCACUUCACCCAUAUCAACAGUUUCAAAACCUUCCAAAAAACCUGAGAAAUCGCUUUCUGCUUUUAGCUCAGCAUCCUAUCCUCCCUUAUACUCUGAGAUCAGGAAGGAACACAAGAAAAAGGCCAGCAGUGCAGAGCAUGAAGAAACCCCUGAAGAAGGGGACUUCCAUAAGGCGAAAAAAAUGAAGCCAAUUUUUGUAAAUACAGACACAGUGACAGUGCGUGAGGCGGAAGGUUUAAAAAUGAAGCUCCUCCUCUCGCCUAAGGACAAAUCGGGCACAGAUGAUGAAGCAUUCAACUUUGCCACGUCAUCGAGCCUCAAGAAAUCAUCAAAAAAGAUGAGCAGGGAACAGGAUCAUGCCACGUUCCACUCCGCCAUCGAGGCCCAAAGCCUGCCAAAAACUGUUGUUCGCAAAAAGCACAAGUCAGAAUCUCGAGCCAGCGAGAGCUUUGACUCUGAGACUCGUUUCUACAGUGAAGUCCGUGCUGGUAACCUCUCCGAGUGUGACCUCUCAGGCUUAGACGCACUGGAUACGGCAUCAUCCUCUGGUGGGGAGCUAGAGGCGGGAGAAUUGGUCAUCGAUGACUCCUUCCGCGAAAUGAAAAAGAAGAAGAAGAAAGAUAAGAAGAGCAAAAAAAAGAAGGACAAGGAGAAACACCGAGAGAAGAAACACUCCAAGUCAAAGAAGAUGCAUGCCCAUUCCCCGGCGAAGAUCUUAGCAACCACCAAGUGCUGCUACCCGACACAGUCGGCUGUUAGCACACCUUAUGCAAUUAAUGUGCCCCCACCUUCCAUAUUCCACAUGGAAGGACAGAGUGAAAAAAAGAAGAAAAAGGAGGAAAAAGAUAAAGAAAAAGUUGAGAAGCCAGAAAAGAAAAAGAAGAACAUGUCUGCUUAUCAGCUGUUUUGCAAGGAGUACAGGAUUAAUAUUGUUGCUGAACAUCCAGGAAUAGAUUUUGGUGAGCUUAGCAAAAAGUUAGCUGAAGUCUGGAAACAACUUCCUGACAAGGAGAAACAGGUCUGGAAGCAGAAGUGCCAAUACUUGCAGCACAAGCAGAACAAAGCUGAGGCCAUGACAGUGAAGAGGAAACUGACUGAUCUGUUGGAAGAGACAGCUACUAAACAGAAAGGUAUUCUCAACAGACAAUAAUUAUAUAUGAAUAAU